ACGGAAUUUGUGUCUCAUUGCUGAUAUUUUUCAGGUAAAAUGACAAAUAACCAGAAAGAUACUCUGGUCCUUUUUGAUGUUGAUGGCACUUUGACGAUGCCUCGGAACCAAGUGACCUCAAAUAUGCUGGAAGCACUGGCUAAAUUGUCUGACAGUGGGUUCUCAGUUGGAAUUGUAGGCGGCAGUGAUGUGAGUAAAAUAGCAGAGCAACUGUGCAAGACUCAAGAGGCGCUGAAGUUUGCAUUUGAUUACGUGUUCAGUGAAAAUGGACUUGUCGCCUUUCAGAAAGAUGCGACUGAAAAUGAAGGCUAUAUUGAACUUUCCAAGAAUUCAAUGGUUCAAGAAAUAGGAGAGGAAAAACUACAGGAAAUCAUCAAUUUUUGCCUGUUAUACAUGUCUCAAAUCACACUUCCAUGCAAGAGAGGAACCUUUGUCGAAUACAGAAGAGGCAUGCUUAAUGUGAGCCCAAUAGGGCGUGCCUGUUCUCAGAAGGAACGAGACGAGUUUUUCCAAUAUGACAAGCAACAUGGAAUCAGAAGUGACAUGGUCAAAGCAUUGGAAGAUAAGUUUUCAUCGUGCAAUAUCAAGUUUAGUAUUGGAGGUCAGAUAAGUAUCGAUGUUUUCCCAGUUGGGUGGGAUAAGACGUACUGCUUGCAAUUUGUGGAGAAAACGCACGAAAGUAUUCAUUUUGUGGGCGACAAGACAUCGCCAGGAGGAAAUGAUUAUGAGAUUUUCAGCGACGAAAGAACAAUAGGGCACACUGUGACAUGUCCUGAAGAUACUAUUAAAUUGAUCGAUGAAAUUAUCAUCUCAUGACAUAAUUAAUACGUGAGUGAAAAUUGAGUUCAGCAGUAUUGCUUAGCAGUAAUGAAAAUGAUUUAUGGUGCGAUGGAAUUGCCAUUAAAGUUCUAUGAAAUGUAUUCGUGUAUUUUCUCGGGCGACUAUUUGCUCUGAUUUUGGGGAGUGUCUCAUAAAUGAUGUAAAUAAUUGCGAUAGAUCACUGGUGUAAAUAAUUUAAAUAAAGUGUAAGCAAAUCUUGUUUUGACAUAAUUAUGAAUUUUUUGUUGUUGUUAUAGAAAGGCGUUCUGAAAACUUCGAAAUAAUUUAACU